UGCCCCGCCCCUCCCGGCUCGUCGCCAGGGGACGCUCGCGGGUCGGGUCACCUGGGCAACCGCUCGCUCCGCCCCUCCGCCCCUUUAACCUUUAGGGUGCGAGGGCUCGGCGGCCCCGCUCUCUGCCCUCUCCCCUCCCCUUUCCCUCCCCUUUCCCCUCCUCCUGGGCUCGGCCCCGGCCCGACCGGAAGCGAAGAUGGCGGCGGCGACCGCGGGCGCGGCUUCGGCCGAGCUGGUGAUCGGCUGGUGCAUAUUCGGCCUCCUCCUGCUGGCCAUUUUGGCAUUUUGCUGGAUAUAUGUUCGGAAAUACCAAAGUCAGAGGGAGAGCGAAGUUGUCUCCACCAUAACAGCAAUUUUCUCUCUAGCAAUUGCACUUAUCACAUCUGCCCUUCUGCCAGUGGAUAUAUUUUUGGUUUCUUACAUGAAAAAUCAGAAUGGUACAUUUAAGGACUGGGCUAAUGCUAAUGUCAGCAGACAGAUUGAGGACACAGUAUUAUAUGGUUACUAUACUUUGUAUUCUGUUAUAUUGUUCUGUGUGUUCUUCUGGAUCCCUUUUGUCUACUUCUACUAUGAAGAAAAGGAUGAUGAUGAUACUAGCAAAUGCACACAAAUUAAAACUGCACUGAAGUACACUUUGGGAUUUGCUGUGAUCUGUGCCCUUCUUCUUUUAGUUGGUGCUUUUGUCCCAUUGGAUGUUCCCAAUAACAAAAAUUCUACAGAGUGGGAAAAAGUAAAGUUCCUAUUUGAAGAACUUGGAAGUAGUCAUGGGCUGGCCGCACUGUCCUUCUCCAUCAGCUCUCUCACCCUGAUCGGGAUGUUGGCAGCUAUAACAUACACGGCCUAUGGUAUGUCUGCGUUACCUUUAAAUCUGAUAAAAGGCACUCGAAGCGCUGCAUACGAACGUUUGGAAAACACUGAAGACAUUGAAGAAGUGGAACAAAACAUCCAAGCGAUUAAAUCCAAGAGCAAAGAUGGUAGACCUUUGUCAGCAAGGGAUAAGCGUGCCUUAAAGGAAUUUGAAGAAAGGUUACGGACACUUAAGAAAAGAGAGAGGCACUUAGAAUUCAUUGAAAACAGCUGGUGGACAAAAUUUUGUGGAGCUCUGCGUCCCCUGAAGAUCAUUUGGGGAAUAUUUUUCAUCUUAGUUGCAUUGCUGUUUGUAAUUUCUCUCUUCCUGUCAAAUUUAGAUAAAGCUCUCCAUUCAGCUGGAAUCGAUUCUGGUUUCAUAAUUUUUGGAGCUAACCUGAGUAAUCCACUGAAUAUGCUUUUGCCUGUACUACAAACAGUUUUCCCUCUUGAUUAUAUUCUUAUAACAAUUAUUAUUAUGUACUUCAUUUUUACUUCAAUGGCAGGAAUUCGAAAUAUUGGCAUAUGGUUCUUUUGGGUUAGAUUAUAUAAAAUCAGAAGAGGUAGAACCAGGCCUCAGGCACUCUUAUUUCUCUGCAUGAUACUUCUGCUGAUCGUCCUUCACACCAGCUACAUGAUUUAUAGUCUUGCUCCCCAGUAUGUUAUGUACGGAAGUCAAAAUUACUUAAUAGAGAGCAAUGUAACUUCGGAUGACCAUAAAAGCAAUUUAACCCUUUCUGUGCCAAAGAGAUGUGAUGCAGAUGCCCCUGAAGAUGAGUGUACUGUCACCCGGACGUACCUUUUCCUUCACAAAUUCUGGUUCUUCAGUGCUGCAUACUAUUUCGGGAACUGGGCCUUUCUUGGGGUAUUCUUGAUUGGAUUAACUGUGUCCUGCUGUAAAGGGAAGAAGUCAGUCAUUGAAGGCGUGGAUGAAGAUUCAGACCUAAGUGACGAGGAGCCUUCUGCCUACUCUGCAUGACAACCUGCUGUCCUGACGGGCUUAUAACACUGACUGGAUACCUGUUAGGCAUUUCUAAACUUCUCGAGUAAUGCUAGGAUAAGUGAGCUUUCAUCAAAAAUGGGAGCAUGACCAUUAAAAAGAAAUAUAUUUUUUAUGUUUUCUGAAGUAACAUUAUUGUAUCAUAGAUUAACAUUUAAAAUUGUAAUACUACUAUGUAAAUAUAAAAACUACAUGCUUUAUGAGGAAAUGUUCGUGGGACAUUUUGUUCUUUAAUGUAUAAUAGUGUUAAACUGAUUAAAAUCUUCCAGAAUAUUCCCUAUGUUGCUUUUUAAAAACAUAAUAAUGAAUCACUUGUAUCCGUGUUUCAGUUAUACAGAGCAGUGUGCAACUUUAAACUAUCUAUAUCUGAUUGUGUAAAAACAAUAUUAGUAGAGCUGAUAAAUAAAUGUUCACUUCCAUAUGCAA